GCGAGGAGGAGUUGCGAGAACGGGGAGCGGACGCCAUGGCGACCAACAUCGAGCAGAUUUUUCGGUCUUUCGUGGUCAGUAAAUUCCGCGAGAUACAGCAAGAACUUUCCAGUGGAAGGAGCGAGGGCCAGCUCAAUGGUGAAACAAACACACCUACCGAAGGAACCCAGGCAGGUGAUGCCGCUGCCACUGCCAGGAAUCUACCAAAUGAAGAAAUAGUUCAGAAGAUAGAGGAAGUACUUUCUGGGGUCUUAGAUACAGAGCUCCGAUAUAAGCCAGACAUGAAGGAGGCUUCUAGGAAAAGAUGUGUGUCUGUACAAACAGAUCCUACUGAUGAAAUUCCCAGCAAAAAGUCAAAGAAGCAUAAAAAGCACAAAAAUAAAAAGAAGAAAAAGAAGAAAGAAAAGGAGAAAAAGUAUAAAAGACAGCCAGAAGAAUCUGAAUCUAAGCCAAAAUCACAUCAUGAUGGGAACAUAGAUUUAGAAUCAGAUUCCUUUUUGAAGUUUGAUUCUGAAUCUUCAGUGAUGACACUGGAGCAUCCUGUUAGAGCAUUUGGCCUAUCUGAGACAAGUGAAUCUACUGCAGUUGUACUGGAACCUUCUAUGGUGUCAGUGGAGACUUCAGAAUCACACACCUUAGAAACUUUGAAGCCAGGUACAAAAACUGCAGAACUGUCAGUAGCAUCUGCAUCUACAUUUGUAAUCUCCGAGCAGUCAGUGGCAGUAACGCUGGAACCAUCUAAGAUUGUGGAUUCCUUUGCAACAGCACCAGUGCCUACAACAGUCGUGCUGAAGUCCUCUGAGCCAGUUGUACCAAUGUCAGCGGAUUAUCCCAUGAAAUCUAUGUUGAAAUCUUUUGAGAGCACACCUCCAGAACCAUCAAAGAUCUUGUCAGAGCCUCCAGUCGCUAAAGUGAUAGAGCCAUCAGAAAUCUAUAUGGUAUCAUCAGAGACAUCUACAGAAGUACACCCUGAGCCAAGUACAUCAACAAUGGAUUUUCCAGAGCCAUCAGCAGCUGAAGUGCUAAGAUUGCCUGAGCAGCCUGUAAAAGUGCCACCAGAGGUUGCAGAUUCAUCCAUGGCAAGACCGCAGGAGAUGUUGGAGCUGCCCAAGACCUCUACAUUGGAGCUGCCGGAGUCGUCGGUGGCCUCAGCGAUGGAUUUGCCGGGGCCACCUGCGACCUCCAUGCCGGAGUUGCAGGGGCCCUCUGUGACUCCAGUGAUGGAGUUACCUGGGCCCUCUGCUACCCCGGGACCAGAGUUGCCCGGGCCUCUUCCUUCCCCAGUGCCUGAGUUACUAGGGCCCCCUGCUACAGCAGCUCCUGAGUUGCCGGGGCCCUCUGUGACAUCAGUGCCACAGUUGUUGCAGGAAUUGCCAGGGCUUCCAGCGACACCCAUGGGAUUGGAGCCACCACAGGAGGUCCCAGAGCCACCUGUGAUGGCACAGGAGCUGCCAGGGCUGCCUGCGGUGACAGCUGCAGUAGAGUUGCCAGGGCAGCCUGCGGUGACAGUAGCAAUGGAGUUGACCGAACAACCUGUGACGACGACAGAGUUGGAGCAGCCAAUGGGGAUGACAGCGGUGGAACAUCCUGGGCAGCCUGAGGUGACAACGGCAUCUGGUUUGCUGGGGCAGCCCGAGGCAGCGAUGGUGCUGGAGUUGCCAGGACAGUCAGUGGCAACAACAGCGCUGGAGUUGUCAGGGCAGCCUUCGGUGACUGGGGUGCCAGAGUUGCCAGGGCUGCCUUCGGCAACUAGGGCACUGGAGUUGUCGGGGCAGUCUGUGGCAGCUGGGGCACUAGAUUUGCCUGGGCAGCUCAUGGCAGCUGGGGCACUGGAGUUUGCGGGGCAGUCUGGGGCAGCUGGAGCACUGGAGCUUUUGGGGCAGCCUCUGGCAACAGGGGUGCUGGAGUUGCCAGGGCAGCCUGGAGCGCCAGAGUUGCCUGGGCAACCUGUGGCAACUGUGGCGCUGGAGAUCUCUGUUCAGUCUGUGGUGACAACGGAGCUGUCAACGAUGACCGUGUCGCAGUCCCUGGAGGUGCCCUCGACGACAGCGCUGGAAUCCUAUAGUACGGUAGCACAGGAGCUGCCUACUACACUAGUGGGGGAUACUUCUGUAACAGUAGGAGUGGAUCCCUUGAUGGCCCAAGAGUCCCAUAUUUUAGCUUCUAACACCAUGGAGACCCAUAUGUUAGCAUCCAACACCAUGGACUCCCAGAUGCUAGCUUCCAACGCCAUGGACUCCCAGAUGCUAGCUUCCAACGCCAUGGACUCCCAGAUGUUAGCAACUAGUUCCAUGGACUCCCAGAUGUUAGCAACUAGCUCUAUGGACUCCCAGAUGUUAGCUACUAGUACCAUGGACUCCCAGAUGUUAGCGACUAGCUCCAUGGACUCUCAGAUGUUAGCGACCAGUUCCAUGGACUCUCAGUUGUUAGCAACCAGCUCCAUGGACUCUCAGAUGUUAGCUACCAGCUCCAUGGACUCUCAGAUGUUAGCCACCAGCUCCAUGGACUCUCAGAUGUUAGCCACCAGCACCAUGGACUCCCAGAUGUUAGCCACCAGCACCAUGGACUCCCAGAUGUUAGCAACUAGCUCUAUGGACUCCCAGAUGUUAGCAUCUGGCACUAUGGACUCUCAGAUGUUAGCUUCCGGCACCAUGGAUGCUCAGAUGUUAGCUUCCGGCACCAUGGAUGCCCAGAUGUUAGCUUCUAGUUCCCAAGAUUCUUCUAUGUUGGAUUCAAAAUCACCUGAUCCCUACAGGUUAGCUCAGGAUCCUUACAGGCUUGCUCAGGAUCCCUAUAGGUUAGGUCAUGAUGCUUAUCGGUUAGGCCAUGAUGCUUAUAGAUUAGGGCAGGACCCAUAUAGAUUAGGCCAUGAUCCCUACAGACUAACUCCUGAUCCUUAUAGGAUGUCUGCUAGACCCUAUAGGAUAGCUCCCAGAUCCUAUAGGAUAGCUCCGAGGCCAUACAGGUUAGCACCCAGACCCCUGAUGUUAGCAUCUAGACGUUCUAUGAUGAUGUCCUAUGCUGCAGAACGUUCUAUGAUGUCGUCUUACGAGCGCUCUAUGAUGUCUUACGAGCGCUCUAUGAUGUCCCCGAUGGCUGAGCGCUCUAUGAUGUCAGCCUAUGAGCGCUCCAUGAUGUCUGCCUACGAACGCUCUAUGAUGUCCCCUAUGGCUGAGCGCUCCAUGAUGUCAGCUUAUGAGCGCUCCAUGAUGUCAGCUUAUGAGCGCUCCAUGAUGUCUCCGAUGGCUGACCGGUCUAUGAUGUCCAUGGGUGCUGACCGCUCUAUGAUGUCAUCUUACUCUGCUGCUGACCGCUCUAUGAUGUCAUCGUACUCUGCAGCUGACCGAUCAAUGAUGUCAUCUUAUUCUGAUCGUUCAAUGAUGUCUAUGGCAACCGAUUCUUAUGCUGAUUCUUACUCUGACACAUAUACGGAGGCCUAUAUGGUACCACCUUUGCCUCCUGAGGAACCUCCAACAAUGCCUCCAUUGCCACCCGAGGAGCCACCAAUGACACCACCAUUGCCUCCCGAAGAGCCGCCAGAGGGUUCUGCAUUGCCUGGUGAGCAGGCAGCGUUAACAGCUGAAAAUACUUGGCCUUCUGAGGUGCCAGCAUUACCCUCUGACGAGUCUGUAUCACUCACUGAACCAUCGGUGAGUCAGAGUGAGAUUUCAGAGCCUUUAGCUGUGCCUGCUGAUUAUUCACUGUCAGCAUCAGAGUCUUCAGUUUUAGUAUCAGAGGCAGCUGGGACUGUUCCAGAACCACCACCGGAGCCAGAGUCUUCAGUUAUAUCAACACCCAUAGAAUCUGCUGUGGUUGCAGAAGACCAUGAACUUAUUCAGGAAAGACCAGCGACUUAUAUGGUGUCUGAAGCUCCCAUAACGUCAGCUGAAACCACUGUGUUGACAACAGAGUCUUCUAUUAUGUCAGAGACAGCAGAAACUUAUGAUUCAAUGAGAGUUUCAGAACAUGUUUCCUCAGAAGCAUCUUUGUCCUUGUCAGAGACAACAGUAACUGUUCCAGAGUCAUCCCACAGCACUCUAGGUAUCGCUGUUCCAGAGUCACCAGCUGGGACUACACAGGAACCAUCAGCUGGGACUUUCCUAGAGCUAACAGCUGUUGCUGUCUCAGAGCCGGGAGUAAUGACUGUCCCAGAACCACCCUCUGAGAUUGUGCUGCAGCCCCCAGCCAUGGCUGAACCAGAGCAUGUUCCUAUACCUGUUGUUUCAAACAUGGAGCCUAGUGUACCUAUUCUGGAAUCAGCAGUGUCAGUCCACCAACCUGCUAUGAUUGUUUCUGAGUCAUCUGUUUCUGUCCAAGAAUCCACUGUGACAUUAUCAGAACCUAUUGGUAGUGUUGCUGAGAUGACUCAAGUGAUACCAACUGAAAUGGCUCUAGAGUCUACACCAACAAUACUGGAAUCGAGUGUAACAAAAGGCAUGCAUUUACUAUCUGGUGAUCAGAAUCUUGCUCUGGAGGUUAACAUGCAGGAGGUUCCUUUGCAUUCAGAUAAAGAACCACAUGGUGAAGGACACUUGAAAAAUGAUCUUUAUGAAAAUGAGCCUGGUAUAAAUAUAGACCUUAAUAUAAAUAAUCAUUUAAUUGCUAAAGGGACAGAACAUAAUACAUUGUCAGUUACCAGCACUGGUGCUGUUGGUGAAAUAGGUGAGGAGAAAAUUUUGCCCUUUAAUGAGACAAAACAAUGCACAGUAUUGGAUACCUGUCCUAGUGUUAAUGAGGCUGAUCAAGUAGGAACUCUGUCAUCUGGGCCAGUUGCUGUUGAACCUGAAUCAAUGGGACUUAGUAAGGGCAUUGAAUUUGUUGCAACAUCUGCUCUUAGUUCUAUUAGUAAAUAUGAUGCUGAAGUGUCUUUAACUACUCAAGAUACUGAGCAUGACAUGGUGAUUUCCACCAGCCCUAGUGGUGGUAGUGAAGCUGACAUAGAGGGCCCUCUGCCUGCUAAAGACAUUCAUCUUGACCUGCCAUCUAAUAAUUUUGUUAGUAGGGACACAGAUGGGCCAUUACUUGUAAAGGAGAUUGACCAGAAUUUAGUGGUUGCUCUUAGCCCUAAAGAAAAUAGUGGAGAAGAGAAAGAAAUACCUCUCCCUAGUAAAGAAAUGUUGUCUGACUCAGGAUUUUCUGCCAAUAUUGAAGAUAUUAAUGAAGCAGACUUAGUGAGACCAUUACUUCCUAAAGACAUGGAACGCCUUACGAGCCUCAGAGCUGGUAUUGAAGGACCUUUACUCCCAAGUGAAGUUGAACGUGACAAAUCUGCUGCAAGUCCAGUUGUAAUUGGUACCCAAGAAAGAGCAUCAGAGUCCUCUUCAGAGGAAAAAGAUGAUUAUGAAAUUUUUGUUAAAGUUAAGGACCCACAUGAAAAAAGUAAGAAAAAGAACCGUGACAAAGGUGAAAAAGAGAAGAAAAGAGACUCUUCCUUAAGAUCUCGAAGUAAGCGUUCCAAGUCGUCUGAGCACAAAUCACGGAAACGAACCAGUGAAUCUCGUUCUAGGGCAAGGAAGAGAUCCUCUAAGUCCAAGUCCCGUCGCUCUCAGACACGGUCCCGGUCAAGGUCAAGACGAAGGAGGAGGAGCAGCAGGUCAAGGUCAAAGUCGAGAGGAAGGCGAUCUGUAUCAAAAGAGAAGCGCAAAAGAUCGCCAAAGCACAGAUCCAAGUCUAGGGAAAGAAAAAGGAAACGGUCAAGCUCCAGAGAUAAUCGAAAAUCAGUCAGAGCACGAAGUCGUACCCCACCAAGUCGUCGGAGUCGGAGUCACACGCCGAGUCGUCGAAGGAGAUCUAGAUCUGUGGGGAGAAGAAGGAGCUUUAGUGUUUCCCCCAGUCGGAGGAGCCGCACCCCUAGCCGAAGGAGCCGAACCCCCAGUCGAAGGAGUCGCACACCUAGCCGAAGGAGCCGAACCCCCAGCCGAAGGAGCCGUACCCCCAGCCGCCGGAGUCGCACUCCCAGCCGAAGGAGAAGAUCAAGAUCUGUUGUGAGGAGAAGAAGUUUUAGUAUAUCACCAGUCAGAUUAAGACGAUCACGGACACCUUUGAGAAGAAGGUUUAGUAGAUCUCCCAUCCGACGUAAAAGAUCAAGAUCGUCUGAAAGGGGCAGAUCACCUAAACGUCUGACAGAUUUGGAUAAGGCUCAAUUACUUGAAAUAGCCAAAGCUAAUGCAGCUGCCAUGUGUGCUAAGGCUGGUGUCCCUUUACCGCCAAACCUAAAGCCUGCACCUCCACCUACAAUGGAAGAGAAAGUUGCUAAAAAGUCUGGAGGAGCUACUAUAGAAGAACUGACUGAGAAAUGCAAACAGAUUGCACAGAGUAAAGAAGAUGAUGAUGUUAUAGUGAAUAAGCCACAUGUCUCAGAUGAAGAGGAUGAAGAACCUCCUUUUUAUCAUCAUCCCUUUAAACUCAGUGAACCCAAACCUAUUUUUUUCAAUCUAAAUAUUGCUGCAGCAAAACCAACUCCACCGAAAAGCCAGGUAACAUUAACAAAAGAAUUUCCUGUGUCAUCUGGAUCUCAACAUCGGAAAAAGGAAGCAGAUAGUGUUUAUGGAGAGUGGGUUCCCGUGGAGAAAAAUGGGGAAGAAAACAAAGAUGACGAUAAUGUUUUCAGCAGCACUCUGCCCUCUGAGCCUGUGGACAUCUCUACAGCAAUGAGUGAACGGGCACUUGCUCAGAAAAGACUCAGUGAGAACGCAUUUGAUCUUGAAGCCAUGAGCAUGUUAAACCGAGCUCAGGAAAGGAUUGAUGCCUGGGCUCAGCUGAAUUCCAUUCCUGGCCAGUUCACAGGAAGCACCGGAGUGCAGGUUCUCACCCAAGAACAAUUGGCCAACACUGGUGCCCAAGCGUGGAUUAAAAAGGAUCAGUUCUUAAGAGCAGCCCCGGUAACUGGAGGAAUGGGAGCCGUCUUGAUGAGGAAAAUGGGCUGGAGAGAAGGAGAAGGAUUAGGGAAAAACAAAGAAGGAAAUAAGGAGCCCAUCCUGGUCGACUUUAAGACGGAUCGAAAAGGUCUUGUUGCAGUAGGGGAAAGAGCACAAAAGCGGUCUGGGAACUUCUCUGCUGCCAUGAAAGAUCUGUCAGGCAAACACCCUGUGUCUGCUUUGAUGGAAAUCUGUAAUAAGAGAAGGUGGCAACCACCAGAAUUUCUCUUGGUCCAUGAUAGUGGCCCUGAUCAUCGCAAACAUUUUCUUUUUAGGGUAUUGAUUAAUGGAAGCGCUUACCAGCCCAGCUUUGCCAGCCCUAAUAAGAAGCAUGCUAAAGCCACAGCAGCUACUGUGGUUCUUCAAGCAAUGGGCCUUGUACCAAAGGACCUCAUGGCUAAUGCCACUUGCUUCAGGAGUGCCUCACGUAGAUAGAUUGAGGUUUUAUAUUAAUCAUUUCAGAUAAUUUUACUCUGCAUCAAAUGUAUUUCCUCUUUAAUGUUGUAAAUAUUUGGCAAUUUAAGACAUUGUGUAAAAAGCAAUCUGUACAAACAUCUCCAGGCUUUGAUUUUUGUACCAUGGAAAUUGUAUUUAACCAUACAGGGUUUUGGUAUGUUUAUAUUGUUUACCUUAGUGAUGUAUUUGUUUAAGUGGCUAACAUCCAAACAAAUUGUUUGAAAGCAACCAUAAUCUUCAGUGUGGAAUGUUAAAUAACGCUUUUAUACUGUAUUUUGUACGAUGAUGUAACUCCCUUUUCUCUGGCUAGGCUGCUGUGUAACAUUUGCCUGUAAUCAGUGAAGGGCUGCGCACCUUGUACUAGUUCACAAUGGGUUCUGCUGGACAGAUUACUGUGCCAGCGUUGAGGAAUCAAGGACGAUUGUUCAUAGCACUAAGGGCACUAUCUCCCCUUAAACGUCUGUUGAAAUAAAAGUGGUAAUGUCGUGUGAUGAUCUGCUCCAAGUCCUGCGUUCCCAUUCAAGCCACUUGGGCCAUGAGAAGGGAGUUCAAAUGAAGUCCUACUAGAAUUUACUGCAGAGGCCAAGUACAUUUAGUAUGGCAUUGAGUUGUGAUAUAGUUUUACUUUGAUGUGCAUUUUGAAUUUCAACUGCAUCUAGAUAGAAGUAAAAUGAUAAUUAAAAUGCUGUAACCAACUUACCUAAUAAAAUUGGCACUCAGCCACUAUUUUGUUGACUCUGAGAAAGUUUUAAGUUUCUGUUAAUUUUUAGGGUCUAAUAGAAUAUUUCAUGUGUAUUACAGUGGUAUUCAUAUGCUAUGUCGUUUAUUUUCAAAAGUUUAAGGCCCAAAUAUAAACUUCUCUGAAUAAA